AUGGAUGGAAUCACGGGAGGCACUUUUCUGGGUCUCGCCCACGCUGUUGAUGCUGUCCGUGCUUUGUUUCAACUACGAGAGGAGUUUUUGGGUGGCCCGUAUCCUACGACUGUGGCGCGGGUGGCCUCCAGUCCUACUGAUCUGCACCUUGCUAGCGUGGUUGCGAUUUGCGGGAUUUGGUCCCGCCAUGGCGUCGCGCGCGGGGCCGGCCGCCUGUCUAUUUGGGGGACGUUAUGGAAUGGCCUGCAGGGCCAAACUCUGCACCGCAAGAGCCUUCAGGCCUUGUCGUUAGUUUGUACUUAG